CUCGCCAGCUUCUACCACGGGCCAUCGCCAGGGGGGAAAGAGCUGGUCCAGAGUAGACAAUACUCGGUGUCGUCUGCGGCUCUUGCGGGCGAGCCACCGUCACGACUACCUCGCGGCCAGGCAGACGCUGUUGCAAGCGUGGCUUCAGAGGCGGUGGAGCAGCCCGUUGGAGCGCCCCAUGGCCGGAAACAGGGAUAGGCGCUGCCCUAACCAGAUUCGCUACACACGGCCGAGCCGGGCACAGCAGAGAUCGACGAGGUUUUGGACGGUGAUGGUCUCUGCCUCGCUCUGCGCAGCCUCGGGAGCCGUGCGACACGCCGCCGGCUUGGUUGCAGGUACAGCUGGACGCCGCCGUCAUGCCGCCCUGUGCCGUGUACUGCAUACCCAGCCAGUGCCUCCUGCUGACCUGGUUCGCCGCAGAGAGGCCAACCAACAGCAGACAUGUGAAUUCAUAUACCGUAGCGAGUCGUCGUUCGCACGUACAGCAUGCUCGAACUGGACAUCCGGCUGCAAUACCCCUGUCUCUCGCCAGCUAAACGAGCGCGGAGAUGCCGCACCAUGGCCCGACAGGCCACUGGUCCGUCCCAUUGGCCUCGCCGCCGGAAAUUGCGAGAGCCAAAUAGCUGUCGAUUGAUUCAGAU